AUGGUAGUCUGGGCGGUUCAGAAGCCAUGGUUGAAGCAGAACCUCCCAUACCGGGCCCACUUCCCGACCUUUCCGGGCUUCCCGGGCGGCGGCAACUGGCAGCAGCGGAAGCCUCCUCCUACAGUUCCCGAGAACUUCCAGGUGGACUCCAAUGCCCGCCAUCAGGGCACCUGCGUCUACUACCAUAGGUGGAGGGGCUACGGGUUCUUGGAGCCUACGCAUGCGGGCACGGUCCCUACGAACAAAGUCUUCGUCCACUGGAAGCAACUUACCAGCGAUGACCGCUUUCCAUUUCUGGUAAAGGGCCUGGAGGUGGAGUUCAGCCUCAUGGUGUCCAAAGACUUCCAGCGGGGGCUCAACACGCUCCGGGCGAAGAAUGUUACUUUGGUCGGAGGGGAGAGCAUCGCGCUCCAGGAUGAGAUGGAUGCGACUGAAAAACAAUUCGUGGGCGGACAGCAUUUGAGGUAUACCGGCACCUUGAAGUUCUAUUCGCCAAGGCACGGAUUUGGUUACGUCAUCAUGGAUGAAGGAUAUGAUGUUGAUCCAAGUGUUCCGCUUGAACUUCGGGUGGAUCACGAAGAGGUGAACGCUGCAGGGCAGCAGCCCGUGCAUAUGCGCAGCAUUGCAGUAGAGUUUGGCAUCUACCGGACCGACCGGGGCCAGUACAAAGUAUACAACAUGACCUUGCAAGGUGGUCAUCCUCUGACCCAGGAUGCGCUGGAGAACCGUAUCUCCAUGGGCAUGGGUAUGUACAGAGGUCAGAUCGCAUUUUGGAACUGGAGGCAAGGCUAUGGGUUCAUUAGACCAGAUCCGACUUCCAUCUUGCCAGAGAAGGUGGUCGCGCGCCUGGUAGAGCAAGCGGACGCCGCACGCCAGCGCGGCAAGCGGAUUGCUGAGGACAACCUCCUGUAUUUCCGGCGGCCGGACGUCACACCCAUGCUGAUACCGCAGCAAGGGAUGCAGGUUGGGUUCCAGGUCUACAUUGAUGACAAAGGAGCUGGAGCCUGUGACAUCACGGCCUAG